GUGCAACCAUGUCCAUAGUUGUAGCAAGCUUUAAGAAAACAUUAAGCACUGAUUUUAUUCGCUAAACAAAAAACCUUCAAUUAUAUAUGGAGCUGAGAAAUCAUGCGUCUGUGGCCAAGGUCAAGAGUGAGGAAAUUGAUCGACCAUUAGCUGAUUUCCCAGUGAAUAUAUGGGAACAUCCCUUGACCACUUUCUCGGUUUUGGAUCUGGAUGGUGACAGAAAUAAAGAGAAGCUGAGUUCACUAAAGGAUACUGUGAUGGAAUCUUUACUGGCUUCAAGAGAAAAUCCAAUAGAGAAUAUCAAAUUCAUUGAUGUUCUUUGUCGCCUAGGAGUUUCUUAUCACUUUGAAGAAGAAAUCUUUGCGCAGUUGGAGGCAAUGUUUGCUUCCCAUGAUUUCAUGCACAUGAUAAGAAACAAUGAAUUCGAUCUAUACACCGUUGCUCUUGUCUUCCAAGUUUUGAGGCAGUUCGGCCAUAAACUUGUUUCUGAUGUAUUUGACAAGUUUAAGAACAAGAAUGGAGAAUUCAUGGAGCACCUAGCUGAGGAUGCAAGAGGUCUGUUAUGCCUCUAUGAAGCUGCACACUGGAGCACCCAUGGUGAAGACAUUCUCGAUGAAGCCCUCGCUUUUGCUAGGUCUAAUUUGGAAAAAGUCGCUUCUCGAUGUAGUCCCCAUCUUGCGGUCCGCAUCAAAAAUGCACUCAAACAUGCAUACCCUAGGGGAAUCUCAAGGAUAGAAACACGACAGUAUAUUUCUUACUAUGAAGAGGAAGAUACGCACGAUCAAACUUUGCUAGAGUUUUCCAAGGUAGAUUUCAAUCUUGUGCAAAUGUUACACCGCAAAGAGCUUGACCAAGUCUCUAGGUGGUACAAAAAUCUAGAGCUCGACCAAAAACUACCUUACGCAAGGCAAAGGACUGUCGAAGGUUACUUGUGGGCAGUUGGGGCGCACUUCGAGCCCCGUUAUUCACAAGCGAGGAUUAAAUUUGCCAUAUUUAUCAAUUUAUUGACACUAUUUGAUGAUACAUAUGAUGCGUUUGGUACGAUCGAAGAACUUGAGUCAUUUACAGAUGCUAUGCUGAGGUGGAAUUCUAGCGGUAUUGAAGGACUCCCAGAGAGCAUGAAAUACCUUCACCAUGUUGUGUUAGACUUUUUUGACAAACUUGGCGAGGAGACAGAGAAGGAAAGAAGGCCAGGAUGCAUUACUUACGCAAAAAGAUCGAUGAUGGAAGUUGCUAAAGCCUAUCUUCAAGAGGCCAAAUGGUUAAGUGAAGACUAUGUAGCCACAUUGAAGGAGUACGCAGAAAAUGGAGCCAAGUCCUCGUGUUACUUAUCACUGUUAACAAUAAGCUUUCUAGGAAUGGUGGAUGAAGGCACACUUGAUGUUCUUGAAUGGUUAAGCACUUCCCCGCCAAUUCUUAUGAAUUCUUCGUUGAUAGGCCGUUUUUAUGACGACCUUACAAGCUGCGAGUUUGAGCAUAAAAGAAAGCAUGUCGGGACAGCUAUUGAUUGUUAUAUGAAACAAUAUGGUGUUUCAUGGGAGAAAGCCAAGGAAGAGAUCCAGGUCAUGGCAUUGGAUUUAUGGAAGAGUCUGAACCAAGAACUGAUGACCAAGCCUCACCAGUUUCCUUUCCCUAUCACAAUGCGUUUCUUAAACCUCUCGAGGGUCAUAGAAAUUUUUUACAAGUACGCUGACACUUACACGCAUUCUGAGCUUCUCAAACAUCAUGUGGUUUCUCUAUUCAUCGACAACAUACCCAUAUGAUCAAAAUUGUAAAACAAGUACAACUGGUUUUUACGUUCUCGGUUUUAUGUUGUGUGGGAAUAAGUGGCUCUCUUGGGUCACAUCACUCUUUGUUGUGUGAUUCAGAUCCUUGAUAAGAGGAUGAAUUCAUUUGAUAUAUCUCCUCUUUAAUUUAUCAGUAUGCUUUAUGAACAAUAUUGGGUGGUUUGCUGUAAGAAAAUAUUAUAUCUUUUAAUUA